GUAACAUUUUCCACCCGGACGACUUUCAGUGUAGCACGCCGGCAAACCUGAAAACACAGCUCACACAUGCAGUGAGAGCAGCGGGAUGUCGUGACAUUAGACUAUAGUUACUGACAGUAGUUAGAGUAAUAAUUAAAAUGUGUGAUGCGUCAAACCGGGCGGAAGUGUCGGAGAAACCUGCUGCUCCCAACUGGAUCCUUCUUCACCCAGCAUAUCAGCAAAUGAAGAGUCUGGAGGUGGAGGACAGUGCACAAUUACACGCAGCUUUCCUCGUCUACAUGGAUCUAACUGAGGUGCGUCGGUGGAAAGAGGUGUCUUGUGUCAAGAGUCCAGAGCUGCAGGUGGUUUUGCUGGAGGGGAGGGAGAAGGAAGGAGCACCAGUCCAGACGAUUCUCCCGCUGCCGUCUCACCGAUCUCUGACACACAGAAGCAUCCGUCACGUGCUGGACAGAGGCUUCCCCAUGCUGCUGUGUGCUGUAGCUUCUGACUCCACCCUGGUCUACCAGAGGAUGAGUGACGGGCUGGUGACACCGGACCCUCCUGCUGGACCCUUCCAGGAUUUGGGACGUCGGCAGCACCGGAAGAGACGGCAGAAGCCAUGAAGAUGCCUCGCAGUUGUUGGUGAAACACAGAGGAGCAGAAUGAGUCUGUCUGUCUGUCUGUCUGUCUGUCUGUCUGUCUGUCUGGGUGAGCUGCUCCAAAAAAAGCCAAAGGUGUACUGGCAGCGGGUGCAAAUAAGCUGAACCACAGUACUGUCAGUAAGAAACAACUAACUACAUAUAACCAGUGAGGA